GGCAUGUGAACAGCCAGCCCGGAUGGGGUCCUUCAACAGCCAUCAAGCAAGGAGCGUCACAGCUGCCAGACGGAGGUCAGAAUGGUGCAGAAUAUUGUCAAUAAACUCAUCGGUGCGAAGUACAUCGCUAUUGUAAAGACAUGGGUACCAAAUAUGGUCGGAUGGGGAACAGUGGGCGGUGUGGCGCUCGUUCACUUCACCGACUGGCGGUUAAUUCUAGACUAUGUGCCGUACAUUAGCGGAAAGUUCAAGGAUGAGUAAAGACAGCUUUACAGGCCAGAGCCUGGGGAUGGACAUAUGGAAGGGUUGCUUACACAGCACAAGCUUAAGUGUGAUACCUUGUCUCAACAAUCACUAAGGAGUUUGGACUGAGGGAGGCUCUACGUAAAAUGUUGUUGUUGAUCCAGUGUUAAAAUAUGUGAAAUAAUUGUUAACUUAUCUCGAUGUUUCAAAUGAUUCUGUAAAUGUCCAACUAUUAAAAUUAUUUUCUUGAAACUG